AUGCCAAAUAAAGAAAUUUUUGUCGGCUAUACUUUUUUCCGUCCAGAAAAAGUGAAACAGUACACAAGUGCAGAUAGAUAUGAUCUACUCCACCCGAAAAGAAAAGUCCUACAUCCUUUGCAUAUGGAUUCGUUACAGAAAGAAAAAGAUACAUUAAUGAUUAUCACUAAUAAUAAACAUAUAGUAAAGAAAUAUGAUAAGCCGUUUAAGACUAGUUCAGAUAGGGCUAUUAUGAAUACUAAAUACAGGAUUUCAAAAUACUUAACAAGUGUAUUUUGUGGGUUGUCUAUUGAUUUAAAUGCUAGAAAUAAGUAUUUUUGUAGAAUACUUCAAUUAUUAUUGGAUAAACUUGUAGCGAUAGAAAAUAAAUUAAAGAAACAAGAAAAGAAUAGACAGACUACAACUUAUAUUAAAUUUAGUUAUGGGAAACGAACAUGGUAUUUAGGAUUCUAUAUUUCAUGUUCAUUUUGUAGUAAUGUUUGUGCUUAUGUAAUGUUAAACAAUAGAAAAGUAUGUCAAAAUUGUCGUUCAAAGGUGAUAGUAACACCUACGCCUUCCACACAAAAUACGUUUAAAAAUUAUUGCCAAAGUAAACAAAUUAUAAGUAAACGCAUAGACGUUACUUAUACAAAAAAGGUUUCAAUGGAUAGUGGCACAGAGAAGUAUAAAAAGAGGUUUAAAAAUAGUCUCAAAAAUAACAAGAAUAAAUGGAAAUUGACUAAUAAUGGAUUUGAGUCAAAGUCAGUAGUUUCCAAACAUCGAUUGAAACGAAGAUGUGAUAUUCUCAAGAAACACUAUAUAUCAGACAAGGAAUUGGAGUUUCUGGUAGACCAAGUUACAAGUAAAUCAGAAUACAACAUGUUAAAAGAGGAUAUUUUUAUUAACCAUUCCUUCAACAGUAAAUAUUUUCUUGAAUUAAGAAAGAAAAAAGAAGCUGCUUUUGCAUGCGAAGAUAGUAAUGUGGCAGAACAGUCGAUCAGUGCUGGUAAGAAUACUAUGGUCGACAAUAUUACCACAAAUUUCCAAAAGUUAGAAAUUAGAGAACAGGAUAAUAUGGUUCCCUGGCAAGAAAUACUAGUUAAAAUUAUACAGGAGUAUUCAAGAGAUGAUAUAGAUACACAAGAAUUAAAAAGUAAAAUUAAUGGGCUUGAUAUGUGGGAAAUUGGAUGCUUAUAUGAUUUUACAUUUUUAAUGAAAAAUCAAGUCAGUUGUCAGUUAAUAGAAUUUUUAAGGUGCUUUAAAAUAACUGAAGAAAAAUUGUUAUAUAAGGUGCUAAAGCAAAUAACUGGGAGAGUUUUAUUAGAAUUCAAAGUGCUUAUUUGGGAACCAAAAAACAAGUUACAAAUAAAGGAAGAAAAGCGGUGUGGUAUUAGCGGUAAAGAUAAAAAAGCUAAGUCAAAUAGUAAACGCACUGAAGUAGGUGUUAAAGAUGUUGACUGUAAUAUGUUAGAAAGUAAUUGGAAUAAGUGGAAUGAUUUGGCAUUCCAUCGUGAUGGUUAUUGGGCAAAUUUUUAG